GAGUAGGAGUGAAGGCUUAGUCUUUGAGAGGGGUGGGUGGGGGGAGUGACUGCUUCGUAUCAAUCUAUCUACCAGGCUGGGGGAGGAGGGACGAAGGAUGAGCUAUUCUUGUGCCAGUAGAGAGGUCGGUCGCAAUAGCCAGGGCGAAUCUGAAAGCAGCUCCAAGAAAGCCGGUAAUAAUAAGGACAGUAGUGAUAAGAGACCCCGCCACAGCCCAGCGACCGCCAAGCCCAAGCCGCAGCUGGAAAUGAAAGUCAAGAGAGGGUGCGAGUCAUCAGAACCGGGGGUGCCGGCGACCACGGAGGAGGAGCUGCUCCGGAAGCCCCUGAUCUCCCCAGAAGAUGUACUCGGGCUACAAAAUAUCACCAAAAGUUACCUGUGCUCUCCGGAGGAGAACGUUCAUAACAUCGACUUCACAAGAUUCAAGAUCCGUGACAUGGCGACUGGCACCGUGCUCUUUGAGAUUACCAAACCCCACAAUGCCGAGAGGACGAGGGAGAAGAGGCCUUCUGACCCCAACGCCGGACGCUUUGUGCGGUACCAGUUCACCCCCGCAUUUCUGAGGCUGCAGCAGGUCGGGGCCACGGUGGAGUUCACCGUGGGCGACACUCCCAUUAACAACUUCCGCAUGAUCGAGAGGCAUUACUUCCGCGAGCGGCUCCUCAAGUCUUUUGACUUCGAGUUUGGCUUCUGCAUCCCCAACAGCAAGAACACCUGCGAGCACAUCUACGAGUUCCCAGCCCUCUCUGAGGAGAUCAUCCAGGAAAUGAUCCUUCACCCCUACGAGACGCAGUCGGACAGCUUCUACUUUGUGGACAGCAAGCUUGUGAUGCACAACAAGGCAGAUUACUCUUACAGUGGGGGGCCCUAGGACCCAGGGGAAGUGGAGGAUGCCACGCCAGCUUUGUCUGAGCCCAAGAACUGGAGGAACACACACAGCGCUGGCUUCACCCACACAGUCUCGCUCCACCAGUCCUCAGCAAGAUGCUCCCCUCUCACCAGCAGCUCCGCCCCCCCCCCCAGCAGUGAGCAGACAUCCUGAUGGGACCUCCUCUCUAAGCACACUGCCAUUAUCACACCUCUCAUCAUUCUUUCCCCCAUUUCUCAUCCUCUUCAAAUGUCAACCCAGGGUUCAAGUGGCAACAGACCCCUCCCACCCCCCUAAUCUGACAUACGCACAAUUCCGUCUCCAAGAUCAAGGCAUCGAUGAGCCCUGAAAAGACACGUCCUGAGGGCAGAGGGGUCUGUCGAAAAUCACGGAGUUAAGGAGAAUUCUCACCUCUUUGGAACGCUUAGAUAAUUGUUCCCUUCCUUUCUGGAAGGUUCUCUGUGUACAUUGCUUUUCAGCAGGCCCUUAAUAAGGCCCUGUCAUGGCAUAUUAGUCUUGGGCAGAGCAGGACAUGCUGCGGUUUCUAGAAGACUCUUAAUGCUUUUUGAAACUGACACAACCCUUGGGCAAACUGCUGACUGAAAGAGAAGCAGAAUCCUCAAUGGCGGACGGCUUCCGCCCUUUGGAAAAGGCUACAUCUGUCCUAUAGCUCCCCUUCCACUUAACGUGACCUUGAGGUCACGCCCAGCUUGUGACUGAUGUUACAUAUUUUUUAAUGCAUCUUCAUGGUCCGCAGUCACAGCAGUAAGUCUGAAAUGUGUUCCCAACAUCCAAUUCAAGAUGCAGCACAAAAAAUCCACUCCUGAUUAAGUUUCCCAUUACUCCUGUCAUCCACGCUUGAUUGUGUGUUUUAACCAGUAGGAGAAGCAAGUGGGAGCUGGAAUCUUUUGAUCCACUUUUGCUUUCCAGCACAUUCUCUGACAGACGUUUUCCCAGUGCAUGUGUUUUCCAAACACUGGUAGCCAUAAUACUGUUUUUUUGUUAAACGGAGGAUGUUCGGGUGAAUAUGUAGCACUCCGCUUCCUCUGGAGGCGCGGUGUCACAAAGCAGGCCGGCCUGGGAUGCGCUGUGGUACAUGACGCCGAGCGCCAGCCACAGCCUAGCAGCGCGUACAAACACCUCCAGGCACCUCGAGGCUCAGGCACCGCGAGGCUCAGGCUCCCCGCCUCCUGCUGCUUCCUGUCCAUCUCCCCAUGUCCACACCUGUGUUUCUCAGGUGACAAAGAGGCCAAUAUGACCUACAUGGCAUUUUUAAAAAUUCCUGCCCCGUUUCUGUGUAAAAUAACGUCCUGGAAUGAGCACAUUGGAGUUUCACAUUCAGCCACUGCUGCAGAGCAAUGCAGGACUUCCCAAGAUGACGACGUAACCGGAAGUAAAGGGCAUGAGGAUAUUUUUUCACUUUCAAUGAGCAAAAUGUUAUUUUUAAACAUGUAUUAGGAUAAAUAUUACUAUGUUAAAUAAAUAUAUUAAAUCACCAUAUGGACAGCUGAGUGGCUAUAGGGACAGCCAAUGGACAGUCAUUAAAGGGGAGGGUUUGGAAAACUACCUAGAAUAUCAUUCCCAGGAAUGGCAACUGGGAGCAGGAGCCUGUGUGUGUGUGGGGUCACGUAUUUUGUUUGAUUGCUUAUGGUUAAGGUUUGGGCUGGGUAGGGGUUAAGGUUGUCAUGUUGGGAUUUUUCCCCAUAAAAAUGA